AAAGAAAAACAAACACCCACGAAAGCGGGAACUUCGAAUCCAGACACCCACGUAUAUAUCACUACUACCCAUUCCUACUCCUAGGGUUUAAUUGCAUCAUUCCUCAAUUAUAUACACACAUUAUAUACACAAAUUGCCCAAUUCUUCAAACUUUCGCAGAUGGAAGAAGUUAGGGCUACCUCUGCUUGGGUCGCCUCCCGCUCAUCCCACGUCACCCUCGACACCUCAGGAAUUGAAAACCUCGCCGAAAGAAUCAAAGAUUCGGUAUCAAAGGUGGAGUGGGAUUUCGAAGGAAUCCAUUUUUUCGACAAUGGACCUCUUACUGUGCAGUAUCUGUUUGUGUUGGAUGCACUCAAUUUCUGCUUUUGGCCCGAUAAUGAAUUGAAUUAUGAUCAUUUGGCUGCGGGAUUGAAGGGAGCUCUUCAGAAUGAUAGGUCUGCUUUUGAUGCAGACCGAUUACAGAAGUACACUGGUCCUGAACUACGCAAAAUGCUAAAUUGGCCUAGGCCACUACCUUUGGAGGAUGAACGAGUGCGCUUAUUGCAUGAGGUGGGAUUUGAGUUAGAGAAGUCUUUUGAUGGGAAAGCAGCAAACCUAGUGAAAUCCUGUGAGAAAUCAGCUGGAAAGCUUGUGGCGCUAAUCACGAGCCACUUUCCUGGUUUCAGGGAUCACUCGGUGUACAAAGGUCACCAGAUUUUCUUGUAUAAGAGGGCUCAGAUAUUUGCUGCAGAUUUGUGGGGCGCAUUUAAGGGUCAAGGAUAUGGUGAACUCAAAGACAUAGAAUCAGUGACGAUGUUUGCUGACUAUAUUGUGCCUGCAGUUCUUCAACAGCUUGGAGUGCUGAGAUAUAGUCCUUCCUUGUCUGGUAUAAUUGAGUCCAAUAGAGAGAUAACUUCAGGAACUGAGGAGGAGGUAGAACUUAGAGCAUGCACAAUCCAUGCGGUAGAGGAAAUAAAGGAGUCGAUCCAGAGAAAAACUGGGAAGCAGGUGCUGAGUGUGGAGUUGGAUCUAUGGCUAUGGGCGUAUGGCAUUCGCUGUCCUUCCCUUCAACAUCAUCGGACACUCUCCAUUUAUUAUUGAGUUUAGAGGGGAAGAGUUUUUCAGGUAGCUUCACAAAAACACUAGUGUAAUUAGAGGCUGCCGUUUUACGUAAUUUGUUUAAUGUUAAUGGCGUUGGCAUAAGUAGCACAAGCUAAUUAUGUCACUUUUGCACCAUAGGUCUCCCAAUAUAAGCUUAAGUUCUAUCUAGUUUAGCAGCUCUAAUUCCUAGUGGCUUGUGUUUAUCAAAGGAUUAUUAGCCCUAACCACUUCUUUGGUCUCUCGCAUUCGUUUUACUUAUUUCUGAUUACAGAUUUUUUUA